AUGGGAGGAUUUUCUUCAUUGCGACUGAGAGGAUUAUCUUCAUAUGGACUGAGUGAAUUAUCCGCAGUGCAGAUGGGAGGAUCAUCUUCAGAGCAGCUGGGAGGAUCAUCUCAGAGCGAUUGGAGGAUUUUUAAAGAAGAAACUGAGAGGAUUAACUUCAAAGCUUCUGGAGGAUUAUCUUCAGAUGGGAGGAUUAUUUCCAGAGCGUUGGUGGAUUAUCUUCAUAAGCGGCUGGGAGGAUAUCUUCAGAGUGGCUGUAGAGGAGCAUGGGGAUCUGGUCUUUUUCCAUGCCUAGAAGGUGCCUCGAUUGAAGAUUCUGGAGCCCAAAAGCAGUUUCGUAUCCCUUAUCUUCAAUCCCAGGAAUAUGCAAGUGAGAAGCUGAAGAAAAGAGAAGGAUAUAGCAGAAGGGAUAGAAGAGAGAUCAGAAGACAGAGGAAGACGUUUGCCUGGGACACUCUCAUGAGGGUUGGGAGUAUUAUCUUUGGAGCGGCUGGGAGGAUUAUCUUCAAAGUGCCUGGUUUAUUUUUGGAGCCCUUUGAGGAUUAUCUUCAGAGCAUCUGGGAGGAUUAUCUUCAAAGCAGAUGGAUUAUCUUCAGAGCGGCUUGAUUAUCUUCCGAGAGGUUGGAUUAUCUUCAGGUCGGAUGGGAGGAUUACGCGUCAGAACGGCUGGGAGGUGUAUCUUCAGGCUAUUGACACAUGUGGAUUUUCACAGAGGUUCGCAACGCGGUUU